GUGAAAUGCAGAAAUAUUCGAUGGUCGCACUCGGGUUGUACGAGGCUUCAUGAAAUUCGGCGCUUUGAAAUCUGAGUUGGCCGGUUCUAGGACAAGUCGCAGCAUGCCAUCUGCACCGACGGAAAUGCGGAGUGAUGAGUUCAACUACUGGGGUCACGGGACUGGAGGGAUCCGCGCUAUCUCCCAAGCGCCUUCCGAGCACCCACGGGAUGCUUCGGGAGUGAUACGCCCGUGAUAGACUAUGUUAAUCCUUUCGCUGACAUUUUCUGCCGACGCGCUCAUUUCAUGUGGCGGUGAUCCUGUUGGACUACUUAUUGCCUAGCUCCACGUCGAGAUAUGGGACAUCAUGGCCCGCCGACGGUCCUCCUCAGCUAGAUUUAUAGACCCCAUGAAUGUCGCCGAGGAACCAGCGGACGGUGAGCCCGUGUACUGGAGGUCAAAUCGUCUGGAGACAGUCAACCUGCACAGGCCUCCAUCUGCUCCACAGCGCCAUUGCCGUCGGCGCAUCGUUUGAUUCUGCCGAACGACAACCCUGCUCCCGCUGCCACCCGCAGACCCGGCAGAUCGUCUUCGAGAUCAUCCUCUCAUGGACCAAAAAUGUCCUACGCGGCCCGCGGAUGCUGUGGAUCCACGGAGAUGCUGGCUCCGGAAAAACAGCGAUCGCUCAGAGCGUGGCCGAAUUCUGCGCUGAGUCCGGACAGCUCGGCGCGACGUUCUUUUUCGCGCACGGCAUGGGGGACCUAGCGGAUGCGAGAUUCCUCGUGGCGACGCUCGCCUACAAGCUCGCGCGCUCCAAUCCCGCCUUGAGGACGCACAUUUCGCGCGCGAUUGAACGAACUGCGUCGAUCCUCUCGCAGCCGAUCCAGGCGCAGGCGAUGCAUCUCAUUGUCGAGCCGUACAAAAUGAUCAACAGCGGGGAGGAAACAACUCCCAAGGUGGUCGUCAUCGAUGCCUUGGAUGCGUGUGAGCGAGACGACGCCCAGCUGCAGGUGCUCAUGCUCAUCGCCGAGCUACUCGCUGUCCAUCGACUGCCGCUCUGCUUUCUCAUAACAAGCCGCUCCAGUACACAUCUCGAGGCGGCAUUCGAUCUGCCCGUCUUCAGAGGUAUGGCCAACCGGAUUCCGCUGCAAUUGUUCAGCUCCGAAUCGGACAUCCGCACGUUUCUGUGGGCCGGAAUCAGCGAGAUCACUUCGACGCGCGCCCCCGGCACAAUACCCGAGUCCUGGCCGUCGGUCGAUGCGGUGAACGUGCUCGUCCGGAAAUCAGACCGCCACUUCCUGUACCCGUCGACGGUGCUGCGCUACGUGGCUGAUCCCCGGGGAGAUCCUGUGCAGCGCUUAGUCGGGGUGGUCAUCGCUGCAGCGGACGACGCACCGCGGCCCCCGCUGGACCAGCUGUACCACCACAUCCUGUCCGCGGCCCCCGAGUCAGCGAGACACGUGCUCGGCCUACUCUCCGUGCUGCGCGCGUCUUUCUCGCUGGCAGAGCUCCAGAUUUUGCUCGGCUUGGAGAUCCCGCACAACGGGGGUUUGGACGGGCUGUCGGCGUUCAUCGAGUGCCCGGGCGCGGCCGGCGCGAGUCGCGUCCGCAUCCUGCAGCAGGCGGCCGUCGAGUUCUUGCACGACCGCCGGCGCUCGCAGCCCUUCUGGACCGACCCGCGGGUGUACCACGCGCGAGUCGCUGCAGGUUGCAUCAGGUUCAUCACACGCAAUCUCGAUGAGUGUGCACCGGUCGAUCUCACGACGUAUCAGUACAUCCGACGCCGAUGGACCGAGCAUCUAUCCAAUUCGGUCCCCACGGCAGAGUUGUUAGGCGCGCUGGGCGACGCGCGAUUCGCCUAUUCUCGGGUCCUGUCCGAAGUGCGCGCUGUCGUGUCCUGGCUGGACGUCGACCCUGAAAUCGCUCCUGAGUUGCUCUCUCUCUGGCGCGCGUGGCAAACAGACUUGCGGCGCGGAUUUACGUGAAAGUGAUGAGCGGAAGAGGCCAAAAUCGUACAAGGCGAUUCGAAUCAAACCAUCAGCCCCUAUCGGUGUAUGUAGUACUAGUGGUAGUACACUUGCAGGACAUGUCUCGUUCCCGCUGCAAAUGCGACACCGUAAUCCGCUCCAUCGAGGACACGAUAUGCCUCGAUUUCUCAUUCAAGCUGACGCAGGCGCUCACAUCGAAUACCCUGGUCUCGCACUUGUCGAAUAGCGUGGUUGGCAUCGGGACCAUGAACGCUAAAAGCCGCGCGACGCGCGGUCCAGAGGUACAUCCUGGCUCUCUAUUCCACACCGAGUCAGCGACGAUUCCCCAGGUCGCCGGAUCCUCAGACGGUGGAGCGCGGUUCAACGUCGUCCCGUGGUAGCUCACGGCGAAUUUGGACGCAGGUGAGCUUCGGUAGUGCGCUGGGGCACAGACGAUGGGCGCGCUGGUGCACAGGAUUGCGCCCACGUUGAGCGUCGGCCUAGCGAGGGGAAUGUGAUCCCAUUUGUCCGGGUCGCGCAGUCGGAUACACAGAGCGAGCCCGGUGACCAUGAGGUAGCUUGUGGGCUGCGUCAGGAGCCGUCUACAUCAAUGCGGUCCAGAGUGGUACUGGAUGGACAGAGUGUACUCUUCCGGGUCGAGCUCGUAGCACCCGUUCGGCAGCAGCCGCGCACCGGAGACGUUACCUCGGAUGCGGUGGCUCGAAAAUUGAGGGGGCACUUCUGGACUUUUGGGGAAGGAAACACAAUCCGUUGUAGAUCUUUCAUCCUUACACUCCUUCUUUGAAGACUGCCUCGUAAUUUUCACACCACGCAAUGUCGCAUCCGAGUCAGUCCGCUGCCUCACCACACAUGCCCCAUCCUCAUCCUCCCGCUCCUCCGUUGGCGGUUUUGUCGUCGUCCUCUUCUUCGUGGCACGGAGCACGGUCGUAUCACCGGCAGAAGGUCUGCGCAUGAUAUACUCCGCCACAUCCCCGAGCUGCUCCGUCGUCUUGUUCUCAUCGUUCAUGAAGUUCGUGCGUGUCAUCGUCAUCGGCUGCUUCGCGCCCUUCCCCAAGCCCAGCCGCGUCAGCGGGGUCUGCCAAGGACCGUGAUUCUUAGACUUCGUGGAAGGAGCGUGUGGCGAGGGAGGGCUGAAGCAGUCGGUCAUCGUCGGCGAGCGUGUCGGUCGUGCGUGGCGGGUGGGAGCCAUCAGAGAGUGGGAGUGGGAGCCGUAGUGGUAGUGGUAAUAGCCUUCUUUAAAACAGUUCUGUCCUUUUGUACCCACCGCCACGGCAAUCAAGAACAAAGGCCUGACGGGCGCUACAGUGGCACAACGGGAACAAAAGUGAGAACAAGGAAGAAGACAAACGAAUGAUUUGAUCAUCAGUAUUUGAUCGCCUUUCUGUGUGGGAUGUGAUGGUGAGUCAGCGUGAUUCCGAG